AUGGAAGAAAUCUUUAUCCCAAUUGGCGCGGGUGGAUUUCUUCUUGCAGUUGCUGGAUUUGUGUACUAUAAACGUCGGCGACGCCAGCGACUGCCUCAUGGGAUCGAUGAAGUUGAUCAAGGCAACAACGAAAGAAGACACCUCGUUGAUAGACAUGCUGAACCAGCCCCAUCUGAAAUCGAUAGUUAUAUUAACCCAAUAGGAGAAGAGAGAUCUGAACCACUGACGACAAAAUCUUGCGAUAUCACCGUGUCUAAGAGUAAAGACGAGUUCAACAAGCAAAGUGCGUCUGCGUAACAAUGUCCAAUGCUUGAACACUUUUCCCAAUUAACUCGUCUUCUUAAGUAUGGACACUCCUACAUGUACAGAAAAAAAUGUUGCAGAAUUUUUAAACAAAUAGCUUACUCAAAAGAAUCUUGCCAGUUCAUAGGUUAAAGCAGCCGGAACAGAUGAGUUUGCUACGUAAUAUUCGCUAGUAGUCUAAUUUCUUAUUUUAUUAUACCAUUUGCACUUCUUAAUGAUAUUAUUAGCAUUAUUCCUCACGUUACUUGCGCUUUUCACAUCAAAAUCGACACAAACUAACAACUAUAGCGGACGGCCAUGUUUUCAAGAGCUCCCGCUCUUGCAAAUGUCUACGCAAGAAAAGAACCGAGAAAAACGUCUGGGUUGAAGAAUGUUAUUCUUUUUCCUUCGUUCCUUUCCUUAUUUGCAAAUAAGCAUCAGUCAACUGCACACUGAUUUGAAAAUUGUUUAUGUUUAGUUGUAUAAUCUAUACCAUGUUGUUCCUAUAGUUUCCUUUGUAUUUUCUAUUUUGUUUUCUGUAUCUGAAUAGUGUGAAUAAAAGAUGGUGAAGAUGACAAUGAUGAUGCCAACAUGAUUCGCUUGAUUAUCAUGGCAGUAUUGUAUAUGAAAAACUACUUGUCAGGCCCGUAGCCGGGUUUUCUACGGGGAGGUGCGAUCCAACGAGGAGACGGACCAAAUAAGGCCGGAAGGGGCAAGUCUCUAGGGGGAGGGGGAGCUUUAGUUGUUUGAGUUAUCAAGGUUGCAACUGGAGGGGCUCGCUUCGAAUGUGUUUUAAUAGCGUGAGUCACCUGGGGUGGUCAAGGGGCAUGCUAUCCGGAAAAUUUUUAAAUUUAAGCCCUUUGAAAUGGCUGGAAAUUAAUAUAAAAAAUUAAAAUGGUGUGGUGAAACUUGGUAUACUUUCAACAUCAAAAAAAGUCGCUAUAAAAAAAAACCGUCUCCACAAAACGCAUGAUACAACAACAACUAUUCUCUCAACCUUCGACAUCAUCGCAUUUAUAGUUGCAAAUUUUGCAGUUGCGAAAAGAAAGCCUGAAAAAAAUUCGGCUUGUACGGGAUUCGAACCCUCGACCUCUGCCAUACCAGUUUGUAAAAAACCACGGGUUUAUAACGAAUUCAACCAAUUUAACGACCUGCUUCCUGUUGGCUUGUUAGCUCAAUAGACCUUUUUACCGAUACGGCGGCCAUAUUGAAUUAAUUCGAUUUAAGGAGUAUUAUAGGAUGCCUAGGGGGCAUGAGCACAUUUCGUUUGUAUUUUCGAGCACUUUUCGGGACAUUUUUUCUUAAAGUUUUCUUAGAAUGGGAAAAAAGAUCCUUGUGCCGCGUUGACGAUGUAAUAAUGAUCGCCUUUUUCCCGAAAAUAUACAGUGAAAGACCAUAUUUCUAAUACUAAACUAGAAAAAGGCGAUCAUUAUUACAUCCAAACACGGCACAAGGAUCUUUUUUUCCCAUUAAAAUCUUAUUCUAAGAAAAAUUUAAGAAAAAAAUAUCCCGGAAAGCGCUCGAAAAUACAAACGAAAGGUGCUCAUUCCCCCUGGGCAUCCAAGGGUUCGAAUCCCGUACAAGCCUGAAUUUUUUUUCAGGCUUUCUUUUCGCAACUGCAAAAGUUGCGUCUAUAACUGCGGUGAUAUUCUCUCAUAAUUGCUUUUUACUGUUGAUAAGAGGGGGGCUUGGUACCGCUUUUACAGCAUUUUCAAUUUCAGUACACAAUCUGUAAAUUAGAAUAGAACAAUACUGUUACUUCACUUUGUUUUAAAUCCCUGAUCAAUAAAAAAAGUGGACCUCUUGCGACUGUGGGGAAGUGCGAGCGCACCCGUCGCACCCCCUCUCCCUACGGGCCUGCUUUUUAUUCCUUGCAAUUUCAUUUACAACUAUAGUUUUUUUUAUUAUUUUUAUUAUUUUCUUCAAACGGUGGUUGAUGUAAGUAGGUAUUUGACAUGAUUUGAGCCACCAUUAAUAAGGAGAUCCGAGCCGUUUGGGUAGAGAACUUGUGAUGUCAACACACCCUUCGAGUAACCGGGCCCGGUUUAUUACCUAGAAAAGUAACAAAGAAGAUACUGCAUCGAUUAGUGAUAAAAGCGAAGAAUAAUGUUUUGUGGCUUUAUAGCCAUUUACGGUCUUCUAAAAGCAUCAGAAUUUACAUGUAUGAGUCAGCUGGCACAUUGUUUAUAACCUAUGGGCUAUAAACAUACCACAAAAUCCUCUCAACAGCAAUGUGGAAGAAGAAGUCAUUGAAAGAGAGGAAGAGGAAGUCAGCGAAGAGUAUGACAGAAACCGGAAACCGCGCUAGAAAAGUCUCUGGCACCCAGGGUAAAUAUAACUCUGACUUUGCUUCCAAUUUAUCUUCGCCUCAACUAUGUGAGGAUGAGGAUAUGAAGAGUGAUGUUGUGGUAAGUUCAACCCUGAAAACGCGAAACGGCAGACAAAUAAAAGCAGUGGUUAGGCUGAAUUUUUAAGACCUCUUGAAAGAAACGAAUAUUCAGGCUGCUUCGAAAGUGUUCAAAAAAAUUGAAAACUGGAAAGUGAGAUUAAACUUAUUUUGGGGAGUCUUGAGGGUUAGCGAAAAAGGGAAAAAACUACGCUAUAAACGGCCAAAAACGUCUGCGGGACUCAAAACAUGCCCAAUUACCUGACUAAAUGUUUUUUGCUGCUUACUUGCUAAGUAGCGAUUUUUGAACUGUUUACUGACUAAGUAGCAUUUUUUCACUGUUUACUGUGACUACAGCUAUACCCCAUUGAAACCCUCAUGUGAAAACGUCACCGUUGCUAUGGCUACAUAAUAAAUCGCGCCUUGCGCAGGAAAACAACUAUUUAAGGUGGCUGAACACAGUUUUGCGGGCGGUUAGCGGUAACUCGCUUGACGGCUCGUGUUACAAACAUGGCGGCGAAAAAGCAAUGGUACACAGAAGACGAUUUCUCAAAAUCUACUCAUUAAAACUUCGUGAUACUAGUAUUUGGCAGAAUUUUUACUUGUAUUUUAAAUGAUGAGAACUUUAAAAUGGAAGUUGAACACACGAAUUUUUUGACACAUUUAAUCAUUACGGAACAGUUAUAUUAUUGAUUAUCUAAAAACUCGUGGGUUUAAGUUUGGUCAUAUAAGUUUCAAAUGGUAAUGAUUAAUUAUAAUAAGCUGUAUGCAAGUUUAUAGGAGAAUCUAAUGAGCUAAUUUUAUGCAAACUGAGCGGAAGUGAAAUUUUAAGGUUGUAUUCAAUCGCCCAUGUUGCCAUGGAAACUACGAAAACGUUACAUUUUACCUGUCGGUCAAAAUCUUUUAUCACUAUAUUAUUCACUUGCCAUGUUUUACCUUGUGAGCUGCAACCUUUCUCUUGCCAUGAUUUGGCAAAUGACAUAUACCUACAAACUGCCAAAACUGUGUUCAGACACCUUAAGUGAAAUGGUUUGGUAUUUCAUUGGUGUUUACAUAAUAAAUAGAACAUUACGAAACACGCGAAGAGAAAUUUCGUAUCUCCAAGCGGCCAUGUAAUAUCUUCUAUAUAUGGCUUAAUAAGUGAAUACACAGUAGUAGAGACACAUAUCAAAAAGCUAGAAGAUUGCGUUACGUAAAACCUGUAAAGACCUUUAUACUGUAAUGCAGUGCAGGGAGACAUCCGCUGACAACACGACCGGUGUCUGUCCCUUCUUUUAGCGCCGUUUUGUAACUCUUUGGUUAUGAUAUUAAAACAAGAAUUAACAAAUUUAACAAGCAUUGAAGGAAAAACCGAACAAUGAUUACCGAGGUUUGGGUGCUCACUUUUGUUACUGCCUGAAGGUAAGCGAGGUCUGUAUUUAAGUUCUUUGUAUUACCUUUGGGCAACAGGGCGGAAGUCAAUGCUCAUAAAUAAUUUUGAUAAAAACUGCAAUGCAUGUAGAAAUUUUGUUAAGCUUCCUUUUUGGCAAAGCGAGUUAGAUACAAAUGGAAAGAAAAUGGAUAACAGAGAUCGGCGAAGUCAUGCAUUUUGCAUCUACUUUGCUGUUACAUCAAAAUGAAAGCGGAAGUGCAAUCUAAGGCCCGUUUCAAACGUCGAUCGUGCUACUGCCGUGCCGAACUCAGUUGAUCGAGUUAAAUUCGACUUUAGCACGGCAAUAGCGCGACGUUUGAAACCAAGUUGUGCUACUGCCGUGUAGCACGGCAAGCCUUAACGUGCAACACGGCAGUAGCUCGACUUGGUUUCAAACGUCGUGCUACCGAAGUGCCGAACUCAAUUCAUAAAUUAUAAUUACAUUAGAAUACAUUUAGGAGUUUGCUAUACCGUUUCUUUCUUUUUGCGCUUUGUUUUAGGCAACAGCCGUUCUAUUCGACUGACUUAAUAUUAAAUUCGACGUCUGAAAUCAAGUCGGGCUAGUGUCGUGCUACAGUCGAGCUACAGGACCUACAGUCGAGCCAGCUAAGCACGGCAAUAGCACGACGUUUGAAACGGUCCUAACUUCUUUGCUAAUUUUACAAAUGGGAGUCUUAUAAAACAUGAUAUCUUCACGAUGAAAAACGAGGUUAAGAAGAAAAAAGAAGUUCUGCUGACUAUCUAGGUCUUGAUCGUAACCAUCUUCAUUUAAUUUAAGUGAAGCCACAUGGAUACCCUGGUUUCUGUGGAUCGACUGUAACUGCUACGUAUUGCUGAGAAGAAAGGGAAUCUCCCGGAAACUAAUUCUACCUAUUAUAUGCGUCACUAUACUAAAAUAGAUGCUACGUACUACUUCUAGGAUGUGUUUGGUGGCCAAAGCAGCAUCUGCUUUCAAGAUACCCACUUUUUUUUAAUGAAAAUAAAUUCGUUUUUAGGAGAUGUGAGAGGAAAAAGUAUCAUUUUUAUAUUAUGUUUACCUACCGGUAAUAAACUAUUUCCUCGUCAACUGAAACACUAUUAACAAGGAUAGCCAGCGCAAAAUAGUUAAAUACAGUUCUGAUGAAGAAUUUUCAAUGAUUUUUAGUACCAUGCCAUCAAGUAUGUGGAUCACUCGUGUUAUGUGGUCAGUCUUACUGUACUCUUCACUUCAAUAUCAAAGAACAAGUGGCAACAGAACAAUACCAGCGUCUUAUUACAACUGCGCCUGUUACAAUAAACACGGAUUGUUCAACCUCGCUCCCUUGCAAAGUAAAGAUGGAACACCCAGGUUUGUAAUGCAAGAAAUAGAUGCAUAAGGUGGCUGUCAUUUUGCAAAUACUUUAAAUUAGCCUUUCUUUUUUCUUCAUCCCCAGGGCUUUUCCCUUAAGAAAGGGCAAACCCUGCGGACGAGGUUGUAAUUCAUUUACAAUUCAUAGCUCGUUUAAUUUAGUUCAUAUUGUAAAUCAAGCGCAUUAGAUCUACGAUAGCGCUAUGUAAGUAAUGAUUUACAAUAUCAUUAAACCAAGCUGAACUGAAUUUAACCCUUUUCGGACGGCGAGGGUCGUUUUUUUCUCCAUAUAGAACGAUGUAUAUUUAGACCAAUUUAGUUUUCGGUUUAUGCUAUUGCGUUAGUCACCAGGAACGUCUAGCGAUAUCUUGCUUUGGAAAUUCUGAGCAAUCCUGACAGAGUUUCAAACAAGAAAAAACCAAGUAACAUUUUAGACAAAAUUCCACUGCCGAUUAUGCUAUUUACAUGCCACUCUUUGUAGACUAAAUUUCCCCCUCCCCUAAAAUAAAUAUUUGCCAAAAAUUUAAGUCCAAAUUUUGGCUUAUGCGCGUUCGCGAAGAACAAAAACCCUGCGAUUUUUACUGACUAUGCUAUUUCUGACCAAAGUGAUCUUCAAACUAUUGAUUUACUUUACUAAUUAAAUCUCUUAUUUUAUUUUUUCAACAGAUUUACCGUAGCAGGUGGAGAAAGCUGGGAUUAUUCUUAUAAUCCUUGCAGCUCAUUCUGGUGUGGAAACUCUCAAGGUCAUGAUGUGGCUGUAAGUGCUUAAAAUCUGAGACCUACAAUUUUGUUGGCCUCGCGUGAGCAUUACUCAAAAGAGAUGAAGUAGGAAAGAAAAUAAGCGGUAUAUCUAGAAAGUAUCAAUUUCGGGCCUUGUUACUCAUCUGGCAAAAACCCUGAUACAAAUUUACUAUUCAUGGAAAAAAAAGAAAGUGUUUUCAUAAGAAAAAUUUUAAGUCCCACAACACUGGUUUGGUUAUGGGCUCCUGGUUUGAGACACAAACAUCCGCGCUUUUUGUUUUGGAAAACCAAUAUGGCGGCCUUAACGUCUUGUGAAAUUGCUCUACAUGUCUCAAAAAAUCUUUCAAUAUUUCAUCCAUUGUCCAUCUCGUUUGAAUUGUGUACAUUGCCUUGCCAUCAAAUGUAGAUAACUUACUAAAGGAUGUUCCAUUUGUAAACAGUAUUAUUUACUUUAUUGUGUACAGGUAAUAGAAAACCUUUAAAAUGUACUUUAUGUGACUUUCAAUAACUAGGGUUGCUCGAUUAAUGGUCUAAUAAUUGCGUCGACGAAGGAGACGCUUUCUAAUUGAGAGGUUGGCUGUUGUUUGUGUUCGUCGGCGGCCUGUGCAUGUUCCAAGCGCGAGAAAUCGAGAAAAGAGGUUGUCGGUGUGUCGGUUCCAAAUCUGCGCCAUCUUGAAACGUCACAAAAGUAGUUCCCAGUGCGUUUCACAACCUUUGGAUCUCUGCUUCCUCGUGGUUUCCUGUUUAAUUGGGGAUCUUUCUUGCUUCUUCUUCAAAUGAAAUUCCUGCGGUGUGAGAAAUGAACUCCUCACAACUCAGUGUAGGAAAAAAAGGAUUAAGAUGCUUUGUGGGAACCGAUACAGGUGUCUAAGACCCUAGGCGACGCACCGUAUAAUCUACAAUAACUGCUAGUUUUAUGAUUUUCUCAGUUUACAACUCAGUGCUUUCAACACAUUUCAGGUUUGUAGGUGGCCUAUGAACAAUGCAAGCUACGAGGUGAUAGGAAAACAGAGCACAUUUUCAUGCGGUAAUGACAGUCAACGCCACAACAAGCCUCAAUUUGAAUACAGCUUUAACCAGUAUGUGUCGGAUUCAUUAACAAUUUAAAAAUUCAGCUUUUAUAAGAUUUGAAGAAUGAGGGGGAGAUUGAAGGGGUGUUAUCGACCGAGGUGGAUAACAUCGUCCUCGAUCGACCUCCUGCAUACUUUCACAGAUUAUGCGAAAACAGAAUUCAAUUAUUUAUUUUUUUUGAAUAUCUAAGUUCUCAGCAUAGACUCUCUUCAGUGCAUUUGCCUUUUCCUCAGCAGUUGAAGGGAUGUUUUCAAAAGUUUUUUUAUUUUCUAUAUCUCUAGUCUGUUGUUGUUUUGUUUGUUGCUGUUGUUGUUUGCUUGUUUGUUUGGGGCUGUUUUUUCAUCCGGGUGAAUAUAUAUUCCCGUCCGAGGCGACUCUCUCAUUGUCGUAACGAGGCUUUAGCGAAAAUAAAAGAAAGUGCGGCAGCACGAUGGGAAGAGGGAAGAUCCCAUCGUCCCCGCGCGCUUUCUAUUUUUUUAUUAUUCCUAUUUUUAUUGGGACACCCAGCGGGAGCCUCUGCUUUCAAACAGUUGCGGUUUUUGUCAGCGGAUUCACUAGUUUAGUGUGGACGGAUGGCCGAUUCGUGUAAAACUAAACAUAUGCAGUUUUAAAAGUAUACAAAUUCGUGUGGACAUAAGCUAAAUGUAUCAAAUAAAAAAUAAAAACAGUUCUUUUUCUCAUUACCGGUAACUGGUGAGAAACAAUCCGUUAUGAGAAUAAUAUGGUUUUUAUGACUAUAGCUUUUCUAGCAUGGUUUCUCAAUUUAGGUACAUGAUUUUUCGACGGUUGUAUUUCAGAAAUGGCUCAAAAAAAUUAACGUUAUUUUAUUCCGAUGUUACUUAGUCGUUUUGAACUUUACGAAUCACCACUGGAAGCAAGAUAACUUGAUUCUCUAAGUCAAAGUUAGCCUGCCUGCGGGCAAGCUCCAUUGGAGGCUCAAUUUUUCUCCCCCACCCCUGAGAGCCGCCCGGAGAGCUCACUCAUGUCCAGAAAUGCAUGCAAUGGCGAAAAUGGCGAAACUGGCGAAAAAUCGCCAGCCGCUGGCGAUUUGAAUUGGAUGCCAAAAGUGGCCCCUUGGAGGCUGGCGAUUUUGGUGAAAAUGGCGAUUUUGGCAAAAAUCGCCAGAGGGCUGGCGAUAUGUGGCAAAAUAUUCAAAUUGAAUGCCAAAAGUGGCCCCUUCAAAGUAGAUAACUAAAGAGGUCCUUAUAACUGUGAGGCAACUACUAAAAAAAAGUUCAAAUUACUUGCCUAAUAAGAGGCCCCAAUAACUGUGAGGCAACAUUUAUCAAAUACAACUGAAUCAAAUAUAUGACAAAACAGCUUUACCUAACUGUCAAACAACAUUAUUUUAUCAAAUACAACUGAAUCAAAUAUAUCUGAAAACAACAAAUGGAAGUCGUUUCAGUUAAGCAAAUAUGUAUUUGUGCCAUGUACUUCACAGAUUUAGUAAACAUUUCCUUACUUUCGAUGUCGCUUGACUUACCAAAAGUGAUGUGAUGCGCUGAAAUAUCACACUAGCAUCAUUUGCUUUUGUAUGGUUCAUUCCUUUCGAAGACUUACAAGUCCACUAAUUACUCGAGGAGAGAACUACCAAGUCCUUGAAAUCAUAAUAAUUCCUUGCCAUGGACACUCUAACUUUUGAGGUUCGAUGUAGACCUUAACAAUCCUCACUGGUUACAAUUCUCUUCACAUUGGUUCCAUUAAAUUGUGAGGCAGCCUUAAAUCAAAAGCGAUUGCGAAACGCAUGGUUCCUGGCUAAAAGAUGCUUUCACGAUAACCAGUGUGUGCCCUUCAUUCUUUUUUGGUUCUCCACUAUACACAUUAUCUUCUUCCGUCGUUUUAAACUCUUCACUUUCUUCUCGCACUUACUUGUUUUGCUCUUUAGAGAAACGGUCCCCUAAAAGUAACGAAAGCCGAAAUGUCCAGCAGCUUGCAUGCGCCAUUUUGAAAUGUGUGAAUUCGCUUAUUUCCAAUUUAUGCACAGGCGGCCCAGACGUAGUAUGUGUCACUGAAUGAAUAUAUUAAUAUUCACAUGGACAAAUUAAUGCGAUGAGUCGUCGAAACUGCCAUGGACUAAAAUAGUCCAAACGUCAAAAUAUAACAAAACAAAGCUAAGAUACCUUCAACUGAACGUAUCCUUGUCUUUCCUGGCCGGUUUAAGUGGCAUUUUGUUGAGUUUUGCAAUUGUAGGUACUAUCCACUAAAGAAGAAUUAAUGGCUGGCUACAAAACAAACAGACCAUCUCCACGCGCCGUCACACGAAGCGCUAUAAAUUCGACAAUAAUCGACGAAUCCGCUCCAAAUAACCAUCGGCUAAUCUGCAGGUAACGUGUGCUCCUGCUUCUGGCUCGCUUGCUCCACAAACCCAUCGCAACUGCACAAUAAUUGCUCGCUCAUCAACAACCAAUGAUGACCUUUACGCUUCGAUAUGACCGCAAACGACCAGGUUUAAUACGCGACGUGAAUAUUCAAGCUUAGCGACCGCGUUCGCGCAACAAUGCAGCACUUGCUAUGGGAGGGAUGGUACUAUUGCUUCUAGGUCAAUCGACUGACCGAAGGUUCGCUGCGUUAGUUUUGACCAGAAAACAAAAGGCGAUCGCGGGACCGUCCGUAAGUUUUCAACAGGGCAGCCCUGGUAUUCUCAGCUGCUGUCACAUUGUUCGUCCACUUUAUUUGCUUAGAUUAACAACGUCUUACUCCAUAAUACGUUGUCCAAACUGGUGAAGGAGGACGAGAAUUUUCCGCCCAGGAAAAAGGCAAAAUCUGGCCCCCGCUAUGCAGCUGAAUAGAAGAUACAGCUGAAGAUAUCGUAAAGUAAAAUUUAUGUGCGCGAUAUCUCUUUUUAUUAUUAUUAUUAUUCUCAAACGGCUCAGGGGCACCCAACGAUGAUUUCCCCCUAAAUGCAUUGAAAAAACAUUUAAGGCUGUCCAGAGUACUUUUGACCGAAAAAAUGCAUUCUAAACAGCGCUUACAUAAAUUUAGUCAGGAGGGCUAAAAGCGAAGCUAAUGAUUUAUAGUUUGCUCAUAGUAAAUAUAAAAUAUAUCGUGUAAUGCUAAGCGGAGAAGGCAACGAGACAGGGCCACUCAACGACUGUUUCCUGAAAUACUUUCAAUUGAAAACACUUUUGUAGCUAUUCAUAAAGUACUUUUAGCUCUAUAGAAAUGCAUUCUAAGUGGCACUAUAAAAUUUGCAUCUCAGUGUUCGGCGCCCGGCCAUUCUAGAGGAACUUGAGUCUUUUCGAAAUUACGAGGAAUUCAGAAUUAUUUUCCGGAAAAUUUUAGAUGCAAUUUAACGUAUUACGAAGGAGAUAAUUUUUCAGAUACCUUCUUUCAUCACAUUUUUGAAUCCGAAAAUUUUAGGAUUCCAUUUUACUCUCUACGAAAAAUAGCCUAACCCGGUGAGUGAAAUGUGAAAAAUUAAAAGUUGGAUGCCCUUGACCAGAACUGUGAAAAACAAAAAUAGGUCUAAUUGCAGCACACUUUCUUGUACAUUUCCUUGCCGUUGAUUUGCAUGACUGCAACCUGAAACGUCCAGAAAACUUCCUGGUUUUCACUUUUUAUGGAGAAAAUGUGGUACAUGUUCUUGUUCACUUUUUCCACUGCCGCUCAUUUUUUUUAGCUCCGCUAUAAGAUUCGUAUCUGUUCAGUGCUCCUAGGGCAAAUUGGAUCUUUUUAAAAAUUACAAGGGCUUCAAUACUAUUUUCCCGAUUGAUUGACCUAGAAGCAAUAGUACCAUCCCUCCCAUAGCAAGUGCUGCAUUGUUGUGGCAACGCGGUCGCUAAGCUUGAAUAUUCACGUCGCGUAUUAAACCUGGUCGUUUACGGUCAUAUCGAAGCGUAAAGGUCAUCAUUGGUUGUUAAUGAGCGAGCAAUUGUUGUGCAGUUGCGAUGGGUUUUGUGGAGCAAGCGAGCCGGAAGCAGGAGCACACGUUACCUGCAGAUUAGCCGAUGGUUAUUUGGAGCGGAUUCGUCGAUUAUUCUCGAAUUUAUAGCGCUUCGUGUGACGGCGCGUGGAGAUGGUCUGUUUGUUUUGUGGCCAGCCAUUAAUUCUUCUUUAGUGGAUAGUACCUACAAUUGCAAAACUCAACAAAAUGCCACUUAAACCGGCCAGGAAAGACAAGGAUACGUUCAGUUGAAGGUAUCUUAGCUUUGUUUUGUUAUAUUUUGACGUUUGGACUAUUUUAGUCCAUGGCAGUUUCGACGACUCAUCGCAUUAAUUUGUCCAUGUGAAUAUUAAUAUAUUCAUUCAGUGACACAUACUACGUCUGGGCCGCCUUUGAUUUAUGUAAACCUGCACGAAAUGUCACUUGUGCUCAAUACUUCACUGCAUUUAUUGAACAUAAACAUUGGAUCAAAGUAAUAACUUGUUUGUCUCUUUCAUAAAACAUAUCCUAUUCAAACUAAUUCUGUAUCUUUUCACCAACUAGAUAUAUAAAAAGAGAGUGUACAUGUUUGUCUUGUUCUUAAAAAAUGUGUCCCAUUAUUGCUUUAUGAGGUGGGGCCAGAAAUUUAGAAAAUGUAUUGUUUUUUUGCGCUGAGACCACCAAACCAAUUCUCAGUACAAUAUGUGUUCCAUUAAAUUGCUAAUGCUAAUGCUCGUCGAAACACGUCACCCGGCCUUUUUACCUUCAAGGUAUUUUAACAAUUCCGUGAGAGUCCCGGUGAACGACAUUAGUCGUUUUGCUUACAUAGAGUGACCACCAAAGUCGGCCGGGAAUGACACUAAUCGUUUUUACUUACAUAGAGUAGUUAUCCAAAAUCGACUAUUUCAACAUGCCCGCCGCGUCUAUAUAACAGCUACUAAAGCUUACACGUUCAUGUUCUGUGAAACUGCAAUGAACCAGCUCGUUUAUAUAUACUUGUACGAUUGAACGCCAUUAUAACAAACAGGAUGGAUAUACAAGGCAAUAAGGACCAUCUAAUUAUCUGAAUGCGUAGCCAAGAACCAACCUGGAUUCCUCAUAACAUAUAAUGUUGAACUGUCGCUAUUCAAACAAUGCCUAUAAGCCUGGAAAAUUAAGGAUACCUAUCUUGGAUUUUUUGGUAAGAAAGUUGCCAUGAACAUUACGAAGAUUACCAUUUACUGAUAAUCGAAUACAACUCGUUGGCCAUUCGAUUUGAAUUGAGCGAGAAAUUAGUUAUAAGUGGUAAUUCCCGACCAAACACUCUUGUCUGGGACGAAUUUCAAAUCACAAGAGGUUAUCAAUUAAAGGUAAAAGCAUUAAAAACAGAUUAAUGACACUUAAGUUACAGUAGCGUUGUCAUUAUUAGUAUACAAUUAUACUACUGGAAACAUUUUUAUAUUAAUAUGUGGUUAACUAUUUGGCAAUUAAUAGCCAUUUCAAAAGGGACCCUUUGCUAUGUCAUUUCAAUUUGUCUUGACAAAUUAGGUAUUUCAUUGAGUAAUUGCCAUUUCUGCCAAAACACGUUUUAAGAACGAGGCCAACAUGCACUCUAUAUAUUUUUUUCAUUUGUGGUUGAUGAAAAGAUACAGAAUUAGUGCACGCCAUUUUCGCCAAAAUCGUCACUUUCCAAAGGGCCCCUUUGCCAUCUCGUUUGCAUUUUUGUUUAUAAUUUGGUGAUUUCGGCGAUUAAUCGCCAUUUCCGCCAUUUUCGCCAAAUACGCCAUUUUUGCCGAAAUCGCCACUUUGCAAAGGGCCCCUUUGCCAUAUCAUUUGAAUUUUUGUUUAUAGUUUGGCAAUUUUGGCGAUUAAUAAUACCAUUUCUGCCAUUUUCGCCAAAUACGCCAUUUUCGCCGAAAUCGCCACUUUGCAAAGGGUCCCUUUGCCAUCUCAUUUGAAUUUUUGUUUACAGUUUGGCGAAUUGGCGAUUAAUAAUACCAUUUCUGCCAUUUUCGCCAAAUACGCCAUUUUCGCCGAAAUCGCCACUUUCCAAAGGGCCCCUUUGCCAUCUCAUUUGAAUUUUUGUUUAUAGUUUGGCGAUUUUGGCGAUUAAGCGCCAUUUCUGCCUUUUUCGCCAAAUACGCCAUUUUCGCCGAAAUCGCCACUUUCCAAAGGGCCCCUUUGCCAUCUCAUUUGAAUUUUUGUUUACAGUUUGGCGAUUUUGGCGAUUAAGCACCAUUUCUGCCAUUUUCGCCAAAUACGCCAUUUUCGCCGAAAUCGCCACUUUCCAAAGGGCCCCUUUUCCAUCUCAUUUGAAUUUUUGUUUAUAGUUUAGCGAUUUUGGCGAUUAAUUGCCAUUUCUGCCAUUUUCGCCAAAUACGCCAUUUUCGCCAAAAUCGCCAAUUUCCAAAGGGCCCCUUUGCCAUCUCAUUUGAAUUUUUGUUUAUAGUUUAGCGAUUUUGGCGAUUAAUUGCCAUUUCUGCCAUUUUCGCCAAAUACGCCAUUUUCGCCGAAAUUGCCACUUUCCAAAGGGCCCCUUUGCCAUCUCAUUUGAAUUUUUGUUUACAGUUUGGCGAUUUUGGCGAUUAAGUGCCAUUUCUGCCAUUUUCGCCAAAUACGCCAUUUUCGCCAAAAUCGCCACUUUCCAAAGGGCCCCUUUGCCAUCUCAUUUGAAUUUUUGUUUACAGUUUGGCGAUUUUGGCGAUUAAGCACCAUUUCUGCCAUUUUCGCCAAUGCGUGCAUUUCUGGACAUAUCUCGGAAAGCUUGCUUGCAAGCCAGUCCAAGCUGUAUAUCGGCCGUCUAAUCAUAAUGAACACUUAACACUUGAUGACUGGUUUCUCGGGAAACAGUUAAUUUUGGUAAUUUCUGGAAAUUCAUUAAACCUCGCUGUAACGGCGAUCGUCGGUCAAUAUUCGCGGGUAACAUUGCAUUGUUAUCCUCUGACGUCAUAGAUUUUUUUCAAUGUUGCCCGCUCAGAGAUUUUGGCGGGGAAACAGUUUCAUUGUUAGAUGUUAUGUGACCUUGAAGUAACCAGAAUAACAAUGGUUUAGCUGUGAUAAUAUGAAACAUGGAAAUAAAGUCAAGUAAACAAGAGCCAAUUUCAAUCCUCAGGCCAGGGUGGAAAGUGAUAAUCAAGCUUCAAUGUAAUCACACAUUGGUACGAGUCGACGAAGCAAAAUUCAGCCUUAUUCAAGAUACUGAGAGCCCCUGGGUAAGUUUUCCUGCGUGUCGUCGUUAGUAAAGUCCUUAGUAUAGUGAAAAACCGGGAACAGUGAAUUUCCUUUUUUUUUUUUCUGUCGGCAAAAAUCGUGACAAAGUAACAUGUCAUACUUUUGGUUUUCAGAUAUUUCUUCUGGAGCACAAGUGUGCCUGUGCAAAUGGUUGUGAAAAUACAUUCACUAGUACGAGUACGAGUAGUACUAGUAGUUCCACAAGUAAGUUUGCGGCGCGUCACGUUUACAUGAAGCUCUAUCCCACUAUAUCUUGGCAACAUGCAGUGUAUGCUCAACAAAGUUCUUAUUUCAUUCAUGCAGAGUAUUUCUAAAGUACGCCAAAAUCGAUUUAGCAAAAAGGCUGGCAGUGUGGUUUCAAUCUUAGGGACCAGUGCCUCUGGUCAGGUCGUAAUUUUAGUGAUGUUAUGUUCUUGAUACAUUACCGGGGUAGUCUAAAUGAAGGUGAACCUCUCCUCAGGGUCGAGAAGUGGCCGUUGAAGGGAGCCGUUAAACUAGAGGCUCAAUGAAUGUAACCGCUCUAGAUGCUAGACUGUGUGAAAAGCGGCACUCGAAAGAUAUGACAUUCUCCUCGCUACUAUUUUUCUUUCUUUCAACUAGUUCUUCAAUUUUUCAACUGUGAACAGAGAGUAUUGCAAAGAAAGAAUCACAAAAGGCAUGCAAGAACUAAGUAAGAAUGUCAAUGUCCUAAUCUUUUGCAUUGCCCUUUCUAAUCAGAAUAUCUCCUUUAUUGAAAUUUCCAGCGAGCGCCCCUAAUGACUGGAAAGACAUCGGAGUACCAGUGUGCAUCGCUGCUGGAUCCGUAUUAUUUUUUUUUUUGGCAAUCUUUAUUGUGUUCCGAUCAAUCAGUGGAGGAGACGUCAAUAGAAGAGGGAGGGAACGGGAAAGAGAAGGUCUACUAAAUGGAGAUGGAAUGGAUGGGCGAAAUGGUGACUUGAACGGUCCGCAAGCCGACGGAGAUAAUUUACAAUCUCAGCCUGUCUCAAUGACCUCUACCUCCGACACUUACUACGAUGCUAAUGAUACUAGUCUUACUGCAGUUGGAAGUUUGCCUGUUUGAGAACGAAUACGUAAAAUAUAUAUAGUACUGUCUGCAGUUAGUUAUAUAGAUAUGUAAUAUCUAAGUAUAUAGUUGUAAUUCAAACUGAUUAAUUCUUUAUUCACACUAAAGAUAUGUUCAUACAAAUUCUCCCAGCAUGCACUUGAAGCGACUUCUUAAGUAAUUGUCCUUUGUUCAAAACGUACAUGAAUACAUGUUCACGGGGGAGUCUCAUACUGCAUUUGAUUGGAUGAAGCAUUAUAUGAAAAUAAAGAUAAUAUUUAGAUUUAGCCAGGGCUUAGAGCGAAGCUCUCUUUAAUAUUAAUAGUUUCCUCAAAGAAAAUAUAAAAUCGAGUAGUAAUAAAGACAAGGUAAGGUGAAAAUAACGAGAACGGUAAAAAACAACAACAAUAGAACUAAUUAGCAAAAAAACAACUUCGCACGUGCAGCACCCUUUUUUUUUAACUAAUUAGCAAAAAAAACAACUUUGCAGCUGAAGCACACUUUUUUGAACAUUUCCUUGCCGUUGUUUUGCACAACUAAAACGUGAAACUUCUUUUAACUUCCUAUUUACACGUUUAUGGAGGAAAUGAUUGUGUUCUUGUUCACUCUGUUUUUUUCACUGCCGCUCAUUUUCACCUUGGUAGCCGCUAGCAUUUCUCAUUUUCUCACCCAAGGUAUAAUUUUUGACCUUUUUCUUCCCAGGAAAUUAGUCUCUAUUGCUAUUUAAUUCUCGUUCUAGCUCUUUCCCUGUUAUCCAAGUUAAUAUAGACAUUAAGAUCAAAAGAAUACUCAGAACACUCACCAAAUUUUCUUCACAGCAGAGCGCUUGUUUUGAAAUUUUAUCAAGACAGCGAAUUUUCAGAGAAGGUGGCGGAAAAGAGUUCACAUUUUUUGCAAAGACGAAAUAGCAACCUACUGGCUAGAAACAUAGCAAGAAUCUGAAGAAUAGCGCUAAAAAUACCACCACUCUGACCACUCGACAGAUGACAACUGCGCUAUUUGACGAUCUCUGAGGAAUAUCUUCCAGACUUGAUAUUCCAGAAUCGUCGAAAACACAUGCAAAUGAAGACGGGAUUUUUACGUCUAUCGAAGCAAGCAUAUUUUGAUGUUUGGAAGUACUUUAAAUGACAAGACACCAACAAAUGACGAUUUUUGUUGAUAAUAGGCAGGGUAAAUUAUUAAAUUGGUUUUCUUUUUGGUAUUAUGAUUUGAUGCUUACAGUUUAUUGAUUCAUCCGAUUAGUUUUUAAAAGAGGCUAGAAUUAACGCAGUUUACUUGCCUCGCCAGAACAAGGAAGAAUUAGAUAUAUAUAUGAGGCAAAG